AUGACUACCACAAUUAUAAAGCCAAAAGUCUUAAGAAUAGGUGAAAUCGAUUUUGCUCACCAAAAGUGGAAGGAGUUAGCUGAAGUGGUUGAAGUGGUUAAAUGUGAAUCAUCAAAUAGAGAGGAAUUUUUCAAAGAUUUAAAAACCAAAUAUCUGGAUAUAACCAACAUCACUAGAUCAUUUGCUAGUAUUGAACAAACGGGUAGAUUUGAUGAAGAGUUGGUGAGCCACUUGCCAGAAAGCGUUAAGGCCGUCAGCCACUGUGGAGCAGGGUACGACCAAAUAGAUGUCGAACCACUUUCCAAUAGAAAGAUACAAUUAUCCAAUGUCACUACUCCAGUCGAAGCACCAACUGCCGAUGUAGCUGUAUUCUUAAUUUUGUCUACUUUAAGAAACUUUCAGAUCGGACAUGAUUUAACAGUUCAAGGAAAGUGGCCAAAGGGAGGAAAAUGCGCUGGUGCAGCAUUAGGACACGAACCUCUGAGCCAAACGGUUGGUAUUUUCGGUAUGGGUGGUAUCGGGAGAGCUAUUAGAGACAGAUUAACACCAUUUGGCUUCAAGAAAAUUAUCUACCAUAAUCGUAGCCAGUUAUCCCCGGAAUUAGAAGGAGAUGCUGAAUACGUUUCUUUCGAUCAAUUGUUAAGUGAAAGUGAUGUUAUUUGCGUGAGUAUUCCAUUAAACGGAAAGACUAAGCAUUCGAUUAAUAGCGAGACCAUCAGCAAAAUGAAAGAUAAAGUAGUUAUCGUCAACACUGCUAGAGGAGCCAUUAUCAAUGAAGCCCAAUUACUCGAAAACUUGAAAUCGGGCAAAGUUGGUGCCUUUGGUUCCGACGUGUUCGAAUUUGAACCAGAAGUCUCUCAAGAAUUGCUUGAUUUACCUAAUGUAGUCAGUCUUCCACACAUGGGUACUCAUACAUAUGAGUCCAUUCAAAAUAUGGAAGAAUUUGUUGUCGAUAAUGUUUUCAGCCAUUUGUAUUCUGGUAAAGUCAAGACUAUCGUUCCAGAACAAUACAACUUACAAUUCGACGAAACCCCGUUGCUCGCAAAAUAA